CUCACGACGACGGAAGUUUGCUAUCAACCUUCUGGACAGGCCCGGGGGCCAUGGAUCAGAAAUGUGCCUUUACCCUUGCCGGUAUGGGCACACUACGAAUCUCCAACGUUGAACGUCUCUACAAUUGAACAAUAUGAGGAAUUAGCGGGAUGCGUUGAACUUGAAACUCAACGUUUAUUACGCGAAAAUCGCUACGACACUGUGGACAAUGUUUUAAGAUUCUACAAGUCGUUUAAGGAGAGUGGUGAAACACUAUUGGACCGUUACUAUCGCAAAUAUCAGCCGGUCAUCACCCAUCAACAUCAUACAUGUGUUGGCCUAGGAUUCGAACUGGUGUAUCGUUUAAGCAAAUUGAAUAAGAAGUUUCCUGGAAUUGAAAACGGCCUCUACUUGGUUUCGUGCGAAGAGACAAUUGGAGAUAUCUCAGGUUAUGUGGGAGGGCCUCCAGCGGCUGACAGUGGUGAGAAGGAGCACGUGUUGGUAUGUUUGAAAAUUUUGAUAAAUGGACGUCGAGGUGUUAUGUUACUCGAUCCAGGUUAUCAUAUUGCUCGUGUAAUAACUGUGAUGGGUGAUAAACUUUAUCCACACACUGGCUGGUUUACACAAUCGGAUGAGCCUGAAUGUAAAACGGAGUAUAAUUACGUGAUGUGCGCUGAGGAUCCAUAUUACGUCGAAUGGCACGAGAAGAAAACACGCCCAAGUGCCUUAGAGCGUACUCAGGUCGCUCUUAUUUACGUCGAUAGACCAUAUCUUACUGCCAUUGACGUCACGGAACGAAGAAACAUAGUUUACAAUUUAAGAAGUUUAAUUGCUAGAGAUAGCAAGGGUCAUGUUGUGGCUGGAUUUUACUUCAAGAUAACAUUGGACCCACCUGACGAACAGAGUUUUACCGUUUUUUACCAGACCAACGAAGGAAAGAAGAGAUUUAAAUUACAGUUCAACAAGUUUUACAAUCGAACGAAGACUGAUUUGGGAGAAUCGGAGGAAGUGCUUCGCGAAUGUGCUCGGCAAUUGGAUAUGUCGCUUAACGAUUUGGAAGAUCUUCUUGGUGCGCUUGCCACUGUCAUGAGGGAUACGGCAUUUACUGCACAACUUUUGGCGAUUGAUUCAAGAAUCAACACAUUGGCUGAAGACAAUUAACAGACGACGAAUCACCCCAAGCGGUGUGACGAAAAAUUUUAUUAUUCCUUUAAAUUUUUCCUUUUCUUCUUAUUACUAUUAUUAUUAAAUAUCAUUUUAAUCAUUCUUUUCUUUAUAUCUUAAAUGGGUUGACAGCAUCUCCUUGGGUUCAAGUUAUUUUUUUAACAGUGCUAAUUAAAAUAUGAGAUAUAGAAUAUUUUUUUGAAAAUCAGAGACAUAACAUAUAGUUCUAUGUAAAGCAGCUAAUUAUUAUUGAUUGACUAUAAAUUUACUAUUGAUACGGUUUAAAAAUGAUAAUAAAUUUCAAACAUACAAAAGAA